CUGUUGUGGGGUGAUGGAGUUGGUGACAGUGUAAAAUACAUGAUAAAUCAAACUGUUUUGAAGAAGUUAUUUUUAUAUUUUGAAAUAAUUGUACAAACAAAGCAAUUAAAAAAAUUAAAGUCUGCAGUACAUAAUUAAUGUUAAAUAGCCAUCAACGCAGUAUAUCCAGAAACAGGGCACGUUAAAAAGUGGAAAUAAUGUCAAGCCUGAGAUUCGCAAUUUUUCUUUUAUUGGCUGCCACCGUUAGAGCUGCUGAUACUGAUUGUCCGUCCUUGAAUGAUGCUGAUAAUCUCUCACAGACACAGUUAAUUGAACGCCUUACGCACGGUUGCCGUUAUGAUCGCCUGGAGCGGCCGGUUAGCUACACCGAAUCGAAUGGCGCACGCCUGCCCAUAGACGUGUAUGUGCGUGCUUAUAUUUACUUCAUGCAAAACUUGGAAGCGCAUGAUUUGCAGUUUAAAAUACACGUGUUACUGCAGCUCCGAUAUCUCGAUCCACGCUUAACUUUCCGUAAAGUGGCGCCAAAGCGAAGACAACCAAUUUUGGGUGAGAAACAAUUGCGAGACACGCUUUGGAUGCCGCAUAUUUUUCUGGCAAAUGAAAGGGAUUCAAGUUUGCUAGGUACUAAUGAAAAGGAUAUACUGACAUCAAUUUCACCCGAUGGCACCGUAAUCAUAUCGUCACGCAUUAAAGCUACGCUCUAUUGUUGGAUGAAUUUGCAGAAAUUCCCUUUCGAUGAGCAACAGUGCAGCACAAUAUUGGAGAGUUGGAUGUAUAAUACAUCUGAGCUCGUGUUGCAUUGGGAACAAAAGCGUCCAAUAACUCUCGAUCCGGCGCUACAUCUAACCGAAUACAUGCUGCAUGGUGCUUGGUCCAAUGAAACUGUAGUCAAUGCCGAUUUAAAUGAUUUACGGCAUGGUGCUUUCGCCGGCAAUUACAGCUCCCUAAGUUUCACUGUACACUUAACGCGUCAAGUCGGCUUCUAUGUAAUGGAUUAUUUUCUACCCUCAAUGCUUAUAGUGGCAAUUUCUUGGGUGUCCUUUUGGUUGCAAGCCGAUCAAGCGCCACCGCGUAUCAUGUUGGGCACCAGUACUAUGCUAACAUUUAUAACACUGGCCUCAGCACAAGGUAAAACUUUACCCAAGGUUAGUUACAUAAAAGUUUCGGAAGUGUGGUUCCUUGGUUGCACGCUCUUCAUUUUCGGCAGUCUAAUCGAAUUCGCUUUCGUCAACACAAUUUGGCGUCGCAAACGUAAUGUGGAUGUGAAAAAAAUGAAUAGCAAACAUAUACUCAAAUCAACAUUGUCGCCCCGCUCCAAACGACGUGCCACUGGGCGUUCGCGUUCUUUCUGUGUGCCACCAGCCAGUACACAAAAAGAAAACGAUCCAUUUAAUAAUUAUCUUACGGUACAUAAUAUACCGAUACACACGAUACAUGAGCAUGAAGCGGUGGAUAAUCUGUCGAAAUCGACUAGUUUUAGUAGCACAACAUUAAAUACUGGCGAUUCAAUGCCUUACAAAAAAGCAGAUUUGACUAGCGUUGAAAUGGGCGAGGAGCAUCAUAACAUCGGCUGGACCACGCUGACACCGCAGGAAAUAUCCAUGUGGAUCGAUCGCAAGGCACGUUGUAUAUUUCCUUUAGCUUUUCUAGUUUUUAACGCUUUCUUUUGGACAUUUGUCUAUGUUGUUUAAUUUUAUUGCUUACGGCACGCUUAAAUGCUGCGCAGUCUUUUUAUUUAUUUAUUUUUAGUUUUUUUUUUAUUGUGUUUGUGCAUUUCCUUACUAUUUUUUUAUGUUUUUAUGUUUGCUUAUUUUUUAGUACUCGACCAAGUUAAAAAAUCAAUUGUUAUUGUUAUGUUAC